CUUCUUCUUCUUCACGCAGCUUUAUUGUGGAUAAAAAACAAGUAUGUCUACUCCUAUUAGAAACUUGAAAGACUUUGGUCGUAAUGACAUUGCCGAUCAUUCAAGCACAGAUCAACGAUCUGUUGUUACAACCAAUGCUGACACCAAACACAACUCAGCUGUAAAUACCCCACAGUGUCAACCUGACUUAAAUGCGUCUGUUGAUCUCGACUCAACUGCGACAACAACUGCGCACGGAAGGGGUUUAAAUAUUGCCAGUACCACGAGCAGCAGUUUUUCUGACAAUUUACAAAAAGAAUCUGCCACUUUACCACCACAUGGCAGCCGUUACUCAGAAGCACCCGGCCAAACUCAAAUCACUGAUGAAGUCCUUGAUACCCCAAUUGAAUCACACGUUCCAUGCGAAUCCGAGGCUUUCAAUGAACCACAGGAUCCAGUUGUUCAAGUCAAACUCGAGCCUGAAUCAACCAUCCGACCUGAACCAGCAGCAUCAGCUCAACCAAGCCGCAUUCAGCCUUUAGAUUCGCCUCCUCCAGUAAUAAAAGUGGAACCUGAAUCGCCAAUUCAAAAUGAAUAUCAAACACAUAUGGAACCAGAUUCAUGUAGCCAAAGAUUUUAUUCGCCUGUGCACAGAACCGAUACUGGGCUUCAAUCUCCCGAGGAUGAUCAUAUCAAAUUUGUAUACCCUACUUUGGAUCGUAAUGUUCUAUCUCCAACUACAGGAACGGAACGCGCAUCCCAUAAUCAACUGGCACAUCCAGCACAUAGCCAAAUGGAUCUUUCAUCACGUAAUCAACUGGAACAUCCACCUCUUGAUCUCCCAUCAUUUUCUCAAUUGGCUUCAUCCACAUUUAUGCCUGCACGAGUAGGAUUUACACCGCUUGGUCUUCUUCCUCGCCCACCCCUAAUUAAUCCUAAGCCUGGGCUUUUUGCUCAUCUUCAACCUAAUUUGGUUUCUCGCUCCAAUCCCGGUUUGGUUCCUAAGUUUGGAAUCCCAUUCAGUUCCCAAUCUGAAUUGAAUGCAUCUUCUCACAAUGAACAACAUGUUCAAAAGGUAUUGGAACCUGUGUCAUGUACCGAACCUUCUCAAACGCAUGGACCUCAAGCUCUUAGCCAGGCUAAUGUCAAACCAGCUCUUCGCGGAUCCCCACAACCGGUAACACAUAGUGGUUAUGAGCCACCUGCUGAGCCAGAUCCAGCCGCUCAUUCUGAGCCAGAUCAAGCCUCUCAUUCUGAGCCAGAUCAAGCCUCUCAUUCUGAGCCAGAUCAAGCCGCUCAUUCUGAGCCUAGUCCAUCUGCUGUUCAUACUACUGAUGCAGAAGUUGACUCCAUGAUGUCCGGCUUAUUUUCAUCUGGGGGUCUAAAUGUCUUUGGCGCUGCUACUCCGACUCCAAGCAGAAAUCCUUUUGAGCUGCCUACACCUGCCAAAUCAAGAAAAAAGAAGGUUUCAUCUGGCCGUGCUGCAUCUCUUCUUAUGGACAUGGAUUUUAGUAUCCCAGGAAAUACAACUUUAACUGAGCCUGUUGAACAGGUUGCUGAAGCGUGUCUCGAUCUGGCUGAUGGUGUGUCUACCGAAUCGCCUUCAAAAAAGAAUGUUGAGAUCGGUGUUGAUAAGAUCUAUGCCAAUCUGCUGCUGGUGAUAUUGAUGCUAAGUCUGCUGCCGAAAAGAUUACCGGUCAUCCUACUGCCGAAAGCCUUGCCGUCAAACAGGUCACUGGAAUUUCUUCUGAAAAACCUGUGUACAACCCUGGCCAAUCACCUGGUGAAGCACCCACUGUAGCACCCACUGUAGCACCCACUGUACACCCACUGUAGCACCCACUGUAGAGCCCACUGUAGAACCCACUGUAGAACCCACUGUAGAACCCACUGUAGCACCUAUUGCCAAAGUACCCAUAGAAGUACCCGUGGAAGUACCUGUGGAAGUACCUGUAAAAGUACCUGUGAAAGUACCUGUUAAAGUACCUGUUGAAGUACAUGUUGAAGUACCUGUGGAAGUACCCGUGGAAGUACCUGUGGAAGUACCCGUGGAAGUACCGGUGGAAGUACCUGUAGAAGUACCGGUGGAAGUACCUUUACGAGAGAAGGGCCGCAGGGGUAGAAAACCCAAGGCGAAAUCCAACCCUGAAGGCGUGGCAAAGGGAUCUAAAUCAGUAUUAAAAAAG